UUGGGGCCGACUUCCGACGACUCUUUCAUCUGAGUUUUCGUUUCCGCGGUCUUCCCCUUUCUCGCGCGCUCGAGUUCUUUUUCUUUACGCGGAAACCGAAAGUCUCAGACACCCAAUUCCCGAAUCACGGAACGAUUUCCGGAGACCUCAUUUUGCAGUUCAAUUGUUAGAUUUUUUUUCCUCUUUUUAAAUAGAUUUUUAUUUUGGGUUCUCUCUGCUGGUUGGAUUCUGUAAUUCGGAAUUGGAUUUUGAUGGGUACUCCAGAAUUCCCAGAUCUUGGAAAGCAUUGCUUCGUGGACGAUUGCAAGCAAAUCGAUUUCUUGCCCUUCACCUGCGAUCGAUGCCGCAAGGUAUUUUGCUUAGAGCACCGAAGUUAUUUUCAACACCACUGUCCACAUGCCAACAGAGAAGAUUCAACUGUUGUUAUCUGCCCACUCUGUGCAAAAGGAGUACGCCUAAUUCCUGAUGAAGACCCGAACAUCACAUGGGAGUCACAUGUUAACACCGAUUGUGACCCAUCAAACUACGAGCGAGCCACAAAGAAGAAAAAGUGUCCUGUCACUGGCUGCAGAGAGAUCCUAACAUUCUCGAAUACUAUUCGAUGUCGCGACUGCACUAUAGAUCACUGUUUGAAGCACCGGUUUGGACCUGACCACAAAUGCUCCGGACCCAAGAAACCUGAGACAGGUUUCCCAUUUAUGGGUCUUCUGAGUAGAAGUAGAAAGGAAGAAACAAAAUCCCACCGAGUUCCAGCAACAUCUUCACCAAAGUGGGCAAAUAGCUUUCUGAAUGCUGCUUCAAGCUUUAGAGCAACAGCCGGAGCAGGCAUGGCAAAAUUGAGCAGUGAAUUUAACCAAGCAUUGCAGAUGGCAAGGGAUGGGGUGGGACAGGGCAGCAGCAGCAGUGGCAGUGGAAAUGGACAAAUGGAGGAGUGCCCCCAGUGUAAAGCAAGGUUUUCCUCUGUUACAGACCUCGUUGAGCACGUGGAGAAAGUUCAUGAAAGAAGUGGAAACCGAACUGGUGUUAAGAAGGUGACAAUCGAUGUUUGCCCCAAGUGUAGUAGAGGUUUUCGUGACGCGGUGUCCCUGGUGCAGCAUGUUGAAAGGGAUCAUGGAGGUACUUCCAAAGCUUGAAGGGUAUGGUUACCAAAAUGGCUAAGUUUUCUUAUUUGCAAGAAGUCAGUGUAUUUUCACUGCUUAUUGCAUGCAUUGCUUCAAGGUGUUGCAAAUGCGAAUGACUCUCAAAUCUUGGUCAGGCAAUGCAAAAUUGUUACAGAUCAGUCAUUGAAUCCCUUAUUGAGACCAAAUUGAAGUUUCUUUAUCUGUCUCUGAACUUUAUGGUUUCUAUAAAUCUCCCCUUUUAAUAUUUUAGUUGGAGGGGAGGUGUGUUUGGGAUGUAGAAGUUGAAAUUAAAUUCUAUACUACAUUUAUAUAGUUCAAAUUUCCUGCCA